GCAACUCUAUUGUGGAUGUUUUAUCUGUAAAAUCAUGUAAACAAAUGUCAAAUGAACAUAAAAAUAAUGAUUAUCACUUAUUAUCAAAUCAAAAUAUUCAAACUAAAGUCGAACGUUAAACAAAAAACCGACCACUAGUGUAAAUAUGAAUAAGGGUUUUCAACUUUAAAAAUUUUCCAGUCAUUAUUAUAUAGAGAAAUAACAUAAUUAGUGAGUCUGUUAAGAGCACCUCUAAUAAAGAGUUUUAUUGUGGGUUCUUAUAAUUAAAAAAAUAAUAAUAAUAAUCGACAGAGAAGAGAGAAUUUAGAGAGAAAUUCUAGUAUAAAGAUAUUUUAAAAUUCUAUUAGAACUCUAUAUGACACAUGUAUACUAUAUAUUGGUUGAAUUUUUAUUUUAUAAUUAAUUUCAGUUAUCUAAUUAUAUAUUAUUGAAAUAUUAAUAUUUUUUAAAAAAGAAAUUCCUUAGAGUUCUUAUUGAUAAAUAUUGCUCUAAGGCCCAGAGAAAAGAGAUACAGGGAAAAUAGGCCCACGAAGUAACACCACGAAUUAUCUUUUGCUAAGUCUUUUAUGAUAAAAUUAGGGUUUUCAACUUUUAACGUUUUGCCAAAGAUGAGGAGAGAUAGAGAAGAUGGUUACACUGAAGUUUCUUCUCGAGGAGAAAUAAACGGGCAAUCUCCAACCAUUCGUGAUGCACUGCAUUAUGUCAGUGCGGUGAGGAACACUUUUCAUUACGACAUAGGGAAAUAUGAGACAUUCCUUGAGGUCAUGAACGACUUUAAAGCUCAGAGAGACGACCAUAAUGGUGUCAUUAAAAGAAUAAAAGUUUUGUUCAAUGGUCACAACGACCUAAUAUUAGGUUUUAAUACUUUCUUACCCAAUGAGUAUACAAUAACCCUUCCGUUGGAGGAAGAGAAACCGAAGAGCGGGGUAGGUUUCCAAGAUGCUUUCGGUUUCGUCACCAAGAUUAAGGCAAGGUUCUCAAGUGAUGAACAUGCGUAUAAAAGGUUUCUAGACAUCCUGAAGAUGUAUCGAAAGGAAAGAAAGUCCAUCAUUGAUGUCUACGAAGAGGUUACUAUUCUCUUCAAGGGUCAUGAAGAUCUGCUCGUGGAGUUCCUUAAUUUCUUACCUAAUUGUGCUGCAAUUUCUGACAUGCUUCCAAGGCAUUCUGAUAAGGUGGAAAACGGUGAUGAAAAGCUGGUUGUUUUCUCUGGUGGUAAUUCUACUGGAAAGUCCCUUGCUAAAGAAGAUCAGUGAGGCUAUUUGAACGUGGCAGAAAAUGGGAGAAUUCAAGAUCAUCAAAGUGGUCAAGAUGGUGGAAGAGAUACAGAUAGAGCUGCCAAAACAGCUAGCAGUGUAAGCCAAAUUAUUGCCUCCUUCCAAAGGAUGUGAGUGACUCUUUUUCCAUAAUAACAUCGUUUUACUACACUGGAAAUUACGGCGUUUUUCAGUUCUCUUAUAAAAUGGUUGGUGUUUGCCCAUGCAAUAUCCAUAUGAUAAUUCUAAAAGUGGUCUUUAUUAAGAUACAAUUUAACAUGAUGUUUUUUUUUGUUACCUAAUCGUCGUGCAAUCACAAUGUUCUGAAAACUGGACCGUAGGAUUAACCCCAAGAAAAACUCUACAUCACGUGUUAAUCCAUUCUAGCCAGUUUAAGUGUUAACUAAUUAAGUUUAGCACAUAUAAUUUUAAAAUUUUUAAACGUAACACAUGUAAAAUUUAUGGGAUUUAGUAGAUCAUUUUUUUUUUAAAUAAGCUUUAAAGAUCAAAAUUUUGUUUCCAUAAGAUCCAUGGCAAUAUAUUAUUUUUUUAAUGAAUGCCAAAUUAGUCAAAGACCAAAAAUAUUUUACAAAGAAAAACUAAAUUUGUAGUCCUUGCUUAUGCUUUUCUUUUCCUAUCGUUUGGAUCAAGAGAAGCCAACAUCUGCUUGGCAAUUUGUUUCACCAUUCAGGGCAUCCGUGUUUGCGUCCCCAUGCCUUCUUGCAUUUCAUUCCCGCCAAAUGAUAUCAAUUGAAAUUUGGAAGACAUCUCUGAUGAGCAUUGCCAGCGUGUUACUACAAGAGGAGUUUGAGAUGUUAUCGAUGAUAUACAAAUUAAACAUCCCGAGUUGAUAUAUGGAAAGACUUAAAAGAAUUGAUUUGCCUACCUAUGUCACCAAAAUUGACUUACUUUUUUUUAUCACACAUCCGUUUGGAACUCCAGAGUUAACCUCUGUUUUUCCAUCUCAUCCUCAAUUGCAUUGAGCAAUUUUGUACGAUGUCUAAUCUUGCGUCGGUUUGUUAGCGUGGAUGACACAUUUUCAUUUAUUGGGAUGCCCAGAUCAAUACAUCCCUGGGAUCCAAUUAUAUCAUGUAAGCAGCCAAGCUGGGACAAACAUCGAACCCAAGAGAUGUUUGCUCCCCGUUACUUUAGUAGCUUUCACACUUCCACGGACCACUCUGUGUGUCCCGAACCGCCCAAAAUUAGCUCUUGCAUAUGAGAUAUGUUUGUAUUCAUUUUACCCAAAGAGAGGGUUGCAAAUCUCCAAAUAAGCUUAAGAAAACACACUCUACUAACUUCCUUGAGGCGUUUUAAACCAAUUCCACCCUCUUCUUUUGGACAGCAAACAUCAACCCAAGAUAGUUUUUCCUUUCAGUUACUCAAUGUUGGCCCUGACAACAAGAACGCUGAACAUAAGUUGUCAAUCUCUUGAAGAAAUUUCCUAGGUAACAUGAAAGCAAUGAGCCAGAAUGUGUCAUACUUCCAAUAACCGAGCUAAGAAGUUUGCAUUCUCCGUCGAAUUCUCUCCAACAAAGGCAUGUAAUCCAUCAGACUCAUUUGCUUUGUGCAUAUGGGAGUCCUAGGUACCUUAUUGGGAGAUCACCCAUUGCAAAAGGACUUUUUGCCUCCAUUCGAUGCCUCACAACAUCUUGAAUUCAAGCCCAAUAUAUACUUGAUUUCUACAUGCUAGUAUUCAGACUAACGAUCUUUACAAAAUGGUCAAACACUUCCAAAAUGAUAUCUAACGAUUUUAUUUUUCCAUCAGUAAAGACCAUAGUAUCAUUGCAAAUCUCAAAAAGUUAGACCAAGAUUUAUACAACUGGAAUGAUAACCGAAACUGUGAUCAUAGCUGCCAUAUCAAGUAACUUUGAUACUACAUUUACACUGAUCACAAAAGUAUGGGGGAUAAAGCAUUGUUGAAUCCUAAAUCCGGUAACAGCGAUUAGAACGUAAAUUAAGUAAUCAAAGAGAUUUGGGACCAAAAGUUUGGCCAAUAUGAAGUGUAAGCUACAAGCCAAAAAGAGAUACAAAGAACAAUGAACUCGUCGUCCUAAGGACUAACUCUUCGUCAAGGCUCUCUCUCUCUCUCCCUCCCUCCCUCCAUGUUUAUGCAACUGGGUAAAUCCUGAGAAAUUGAGUGUUCAUAAAAAAUCGAAAAUAAUAACCUUACUCAUUUCGGGAGGAAGAUCAAUAACUGGUUUUGUUAUUGAUAAAAAGAACGCUGUUACUGAUUUAAUUAAAAUAGAUACAGUUAUAAAAUAAUCAGUUUUUUUUAAAUAGGUCCAGUGGCACAAAUAAAUAAUAUUCAAUGGUAUACUGAAGGGAAAAAAUAGGAGUGAUUCUGUAUUAAUAAUAUUGAUUUUUAGUGGCGAAAAGAAAAGGUUGUAACCAAAUACUCCUAAUAAAUUCAAACUUGAUUGAACUUCUCUUUUAUUAUUAUCAUCUCUUAGGAACAACGUAACACACCAAUAAUGGCAGAACAAGAUCGCAAUAACAGGAGCAACACGAUACCAAUCAUAGGAUCUGAGUUUGUUCGUCCUCAGCCUUCAGAUCUAACCAUCAUCAGAGACACGGUGAAGCACGCCAACAGAAACAAAGUAUUCAAAGUCAAAACGCCUCUCUCGGUCUCCACAACAAGAGGAUUUUGCUUGAUCCUAAUGACUCUCCUAUCGUCACCAUGAAAAUGAAAGUUUUAUUUAGUUUCUUUCACCACCCUUAUUUACAUUUUCUUUUUUUUGUUUACCGGUAGAUUUUUUUGAGUUUGGUUAUGUUUUGGGAUUUGAAUUUUAUGUAAAAGGUGACUAGUAAGCACGAUCGAUGGCAAGUGUAUAGAGGAAGUAAUUUAGAUGAUAAGAUAUUCACGGUUAAAAGAUCAUCAUCGGUCCAACUAAAAACAAGAGUUGAAGUAUUCUUGAAACAACCAGACAAAAGAAGUGUCUUGUGAUUUCAAUAUUAAAGGUCGGCUUACGAAGCGUGCAUGAACAAUCUGUAACAUCCCGCUCCUUUGGGCGUCCGACCGGGGUUGUCGAACGGUAGUUAUGGACACGUGUAUACUCAUUUUAGACAACCCUACGUGUCCCGUUACUGGUCCCAAGAGUUGAAGGAUGCAUUCCUUCUUUGAAAUACCGUCCACCCAUAUCCACAUACUUCUACUUACAGUCCUGCGCACAGGAGAAAUAGAAAUGAAGGGAUGAGCAAUUGAGAUUACUCAGUGAAGUGACUCUAAACCAGCCUCCCCGCAUGACACUCUACACUACUCUAUGCAGGAAAGAGGGAUGGCUAAACACUACAAUCAUCAAUGCAACUUAUUCAUUUCUAUCAUCAACAUUUUAUAUGCAUUUCUACCAACCUAACGAUCAAUCACACAAUGAACUUAGUCAUUGCUACACAUAAACUCAACCGACUCAACGACUCGACUCCAGGCAACCUAGACGUAAGGACCUAUGGCCGUUUACGGACGUCCCACCUCGUGCUGGCCUGUCCUAGGGUACCUCUUGUUAGGGUACUAUAUCCCUAGCUUCUUAAAUGACUAUUCGAGUUGCAGCUCAUUGGCCCACCGGCUCUGUCUGCCACCCCGGUCUUAAUAGUCAAAAUUAUGCCACGACUCAGCAUUGUCUCGAUCUUAUGGCGCCUUGCACAUUUUCUAUCCUGCAUUUUGCGGUCACCAAAUUUACACGGCCUUUCUCAUCACUUUCUGUGGGUACCUCUUGUUAGGCUACUGUCCCACGGGUCACUCCCAAAGGUACCUCUUGUUAGGCUACUGUCCCACAGGUCACUCUCACGGGUACCUCUUGUUAGGGUACUGUCCCGCGGGUCACACCCUAUAUUAGACGGACCUGUUUUUGGUGUCUCAAGCAAUACAAAACGAUAACAUUUCAUUAACUCAUCUCAUUCUCAUUCUCAUCAACUCAUUCAUUAGACGCCACCAGUUCUCGGUGUCACAACAAUACACCUUACAUGCAUACAUACAUGUACAAAUCGACAUUCAUGAUACCAUCAUAUAUAUCAUUCAACUUCAUCCAUCAUUCACAUCUGAUACCAUUUGUAAUAUUUAUCCCUUAAGCGUUCAUUUGUUUCUAACAAUUUAGCUUUCACUCAACAAUCAUCUCAUAGAAUCAUAGCAAACAAUCACACAAGCAAUCAUCGUAAACAUUCAUCCACUUCAACACAAGGCAGUCCAUUAAGUCCUUUUAAAUAGUGUAAGGGUUCUUAUGCAACAUGAUCCAUUCAUCUAUCAACCUAACUUUCAUUAUGAUCUAUCAACCUAGCUCUCAAACAGGGUCUAAUCAGACCUAGAUCCAACAUAGAGGAGUAUACCGAACAUGAGAAGAGACUGGGUUCGGGUCACCUCACCUUAGCCUAGAUUUGGAUCUGGAACAAGAGACAUAAGAACGACGAGAUUUGAUCACCACCACACCACACGGCCACCACCACCACCCGCGGCUGCUCGGCAAGGAGAGAUAAGGCGGACGGCGAGGAGAGAGGCGUCAGAGAGGAAGAGAGAAAAGAAAAGAGAAGCUUGACGGCUAGAGUUUCCUAGUCUCUCCAAAUAUCUGCAAGGCUUCGAUUCUAUUUUAUCUGCCGAGAAAUAGAGGAGGAGGCACCUCAUUUUAUAGGAAAAUAGAAGGGAACUCUAGGGUUUUUCGCUUUUGGGCCGUUUUGCAAGUGGGCUUCCCUUUUAAAACAAAAGAAAUUUAUGGGCCAGGUUUGGGGAUGUUACAAUUCUCACCCAUUUAAUGAGAAUUCGUCCUCGAAUUCCGCAUCUCGAAACUUCAAAAAGCAAACAUCUCAAACCCGGACAUGUCCAUUGUUUUCCCAUAAACAACUUGGCACUUCCAAUUCACUGGUCCUCAUAACCAAAUAGGCCCCUGACAUUCCUAGAGAUCCAAAUGUAUUUUUUGAUCUCAUCCCUUCCCAUUAAACCAACAUCUUCCAUUUCUUUUCACUGCUUUAGUGCGGUAUACAACGUCAAAUGCCUGAUGUACACUGGCACACGAUGACACAUAACAACCCAUGACUUCUGAAGGAUUAACUCACAUCCUUUAUCAACUCUGCACAAACCCAGCACAUUAGCAUUUGGCAAAAUGAGUCCUCCAUUGUGGCACUCCAACCAACACGCUACUGAUAUUAAGAGUUUUCAAGGCUCCUAAGACAAAUGUUGUAGUAUAGUGAUUGUCGAACCAGUUCUGAGGGAUAUCAAAGCAAUGAGAAUGCAAGUACUCACU